AUGGCUGUUGAUGCUGCCGUCGUCAAGAACGAAGACAAAUAUAUCCCCACGAUAGAUCUGCGAGAAUAUUUCGAUGUCAAUUCGGAGGAUCGGAGAAACAAGGUCAUUGAUCAAGUCCGUAAGGCAUGUUUAGAGCACGGAUUCUUCCAAGUUGAGGGCCAUGGAGUGCCAGUAGAGAGUCAGCGGCGAAUGUUCGAAGCAUGCAAAGCGCUCUUCGCACUCCCGCGGGAGAAAAAGACGCAGAUUUCCCUCUAUAAAUACUCAUGGCGACGCGGUUACGAGGGGCCUGGUCAGCAGCAGGCAAAUGAUCCUCACCAUGGAGACUUUCUACCAGACGCUAAGGAGGGGUUUUUCGUUGGAAAAGAGCUUCCGCUGGAUCAAGUCGAUUUCUUGAAGGGGCCUAACGUGUGGCCACCCGAGCUCGCAGAAAAUGACUUUCACCGACCUGUUAUGGACUAUUAUCAUCAUGCUCAUAAAGUUGGAUACAAAGUAAUGGAGAUUCUUGCUGUCAGUCUUGGGCAUUCUCCGUCAAUAUUGAGGGACUUUACCUCGGAUGCUGCUAUGUUUCUGAAGCUGCUGCGUUACCCAGCGCACACCUGGACCGACGAACGCAAGUUUGGCUCUGGUCAGCACACAGACUAUGGCGGCAUUACUAUUCUCCUUCAAGACCCAGGCAAGGAUGGGCUAGAAGUGUGGCACGAAGCUACCCACCAGUGGAUAGAGCUUCCCGCGUUAGAAGACAAAUUUGUCAUUAACCUGGGUGGUGAGCGGUACGCCGUGCCAGCAUUCUGGCAUGGUGACUUGGAUGCAAAGAACCCACUGGACCCGAGCGAUACAAGCGAGGAGACUGUUUUGGAAUUCAUUAAGAAGAAGUUCUAUAAGGGAUAUGGGUUGACAGAUGAGAAGCCAUCAUAG